GGUUUCAGAGAUGAAACACCUUUUAAAGAAGAACUUGUUGACGAACCAAGUUUGGACUUGAGAAGGUCAUUUCAGCUUUCUCAAAAUGACAAUGAGUAUGAGAAGGAGUCCUGGGAGAUGCAUGAAUUUCUGAAACCCAGAACAGAAGAAACGGAUGAAGAACGGGAAAUGUUGGUGGAUGAUGAGUAUGAAGAAGAUUCAGACUUCGUGAAAUAUAAUGCAUCAUGUGGACAGAAGACGACUUCAGAGAGACACCUCGAUUCAGAACAAUGGGCAAAGCAACUUGAGACUACUGAAAUGCAAGACUUAAGAUCCAGUGUUAACUUCAGUCCAAAACAGUCCCUGGAAUACUCAUUCAAUAAAGAUCAAAUGUGUGAAGAAAAUGCUAGUAUCAGUUCACUAUCUUCUGGAACCACAGCACAGCGUGGCUACCAUAAAGACACAUUUGAUACUGAAACUACCCAGUCAGGAGCAAAAGUCGAGAUGGAUUUAGGUACAAAGCUUCGAAUUGACUCUAAAGGACCUGGGCUUGCUGUUGAUCUGGAAGCUAUUGAAAAGGAAGGACUAAAAGGGGAGAAUUCUGUUUUUUCCAAGAACGUGGAAUCUGGGAGAGUAACCACCUUAGUUCAGCCUAGAACGGCGUUGUACAGUGAAUUACCUGAGAGAGAAGAAGGAGAAGGAGAAGAAACUCCAAACUUUAGCCACUGGGGACCACCACGGACUGUUGAGAUCUUUAGAGACCCUCACGUGUCUCUUGGAAUCAGUAUUGUUGGUGGACAAACCGUCAUAAAGCGCCUGAAGAAUGGAGAAGAACUUAAAGGGAUCUUUAUCAAACAAGUUUUGGAAGACAGCCCAGCAGGAAGAACAAGGGCUUUAAAAACUGGAGAUAAAAUACUUGAGGUUUCUGGAGUAGACCUGCAAAACGCUACACAUGAGGAAGCAGUAGAAGCUAUCAAGAACGCGGGAAAUCCUGUUGUGUUUGUGGUUCAGGGUUUGUCUAACAUACCAAAAGUGGCUUCUGCUGUACAGACUAAGGGAAUCAAUGUCAGCAAAGAUCAGGAUGCAGACAAGGAAAAUAAGAUUGAAAAGAGAAAAUACGGGGCUCCACCUCCAAUGAAAUUGCCACCUCCUUAUAGAACACUUGAAAGACUGCAUGCAGAGGAAGCUAACGUGGAUGAAGAGGAGGAUGAGGAUGCUUAUACAGAGAAAAAAAUCAGGCAAAGAUAUGCAGAUCUACCGGGAGAGUUGCACAUUAUUGAGCUUGAGAAAGACAAAAAUGGGCUCGGACUGAGUCUUGCUGGCAACAAGGACCGCUCUCGUAUGAGCAUCUUUGUAGUUGGUAUCAAUCCAGAUGGACCCGCGGGACGAGACGGGAGGAUGCAUAUUGGCGAUGAACUUCUAGAGAUAAACAAUCAGAUAUUGUAUGGAAGAAGUCAUCAGAAUGCUUCUGCAAUCAUUAAGACUGCCCCAUCAAAGGUCAAGCUUGUUUUCAUACGAAGUGAAGAUGCAGUCAAUCAGAUGGCUGUUACUCCUUUCCCCAUACCUUCCAGCUCCCACUCUCCUAUUGAGGAUCAUGGUGGCACUGAACCUGCAAGCGGUGAAGAAGACACGAGUUUGGAAGUUGUCAUGAAAAGCUUGACUGAUGAGGAAUCCAACAAAGCUGAUGUGAAAUGUAAAGCUGACAAACCAGUGCUGUGGUUGACCUCUUUUGCUUCUGCUUUGCUUUGCUUUCAGGUCCUCAACCAGAUCAAACAAUCCAAAACUUCAACAAAAGUACCAGUCAACUUACAGGAGAUACCUCUGGUGCCAGCACCUACUUACCUUUCUCCAGAGGCAGAAGUCACCAACCGUAGUGUCUUUCCACCUCCGUUGCCUGUGGAUCCAGCAACGUGUCCAAUAGUUCCAGGGCAGGAGAUGACUAUAGAGAUAUCUAAGGGUCGGUCAGGCCUGGGACUCAGCAUCGUUGGGGGGAAGGACACUCCACUGGAUGCCAUAGUGAUCCAUGAAGUUUAUGAAGAAGGGGCAGCGGCGCGCGAUGGCAGGCUUUGGGCCGGCGACCAGAUUCUGGAGGUGAACGGGAUCGAUCUGCGGAACGCCAGCCAUGAAGAAGCUAUCACUGCGCUGAGACAGACACCCCAGAAGGUGCAAUUGGUCGUUUACAGAGAUGAAGCACAUUACAAAGAUGAAGAAAACUUGGAGAUUUUCUAUGUAGACAUACAAAAGAAAACGGGCCGAGGACUAGGGCUCAGCAUAGCUGGAAAACGAAAUGGAAGUGGAGUGUUUAUCUCUGACAUUGUUAAAGGAGGAGCUGCAGACCUAGAUGGAAGAUUAAUUCAAGGAGAUCAGAUUUUGUCUGUAAAUGGAGAGGAUAUGAGAAAUGCCUCACAAGAGACUGUUGCCACUAUACUUAAGUGUGCCCAAGGCCUAGUGCAUCUUGAGCUUGGGAGACUGCGAGCUGGGUCGUGGCUAUCAGCACGGAAAACAUCCCAAAACAGUCAGGUGAGCCAACAGAGUGUCCAUGGCCACUUCCAUCCUACUCUUGCUCCGGUCCUCUCUACCUUACAGAAUUUUGUCAGCACGAAAAGAUCUUCAGCAGGUGUGUCUCAGAGAAAUUCAGGAGCAGAUAUGGGCCCAAGGACUGUGGAGAUAACAAGGGGACCAAAUGAUGCGCUUGGUAUCAGUAUAGCAGGAGGGAAGGGAAGUCCAUUAGGAGAUAUCCCCAUCUUCAUUGCUAUGAUUCAAGCCAGUGGUGUGGCUGCACGUACCCAAAGACUCAGAGUUGGAGAUCGGAUUGUCAGUAUUAAUGGGCAACCUUUGGAUGGGCUGUCUCAUGCAGAUGCGGUUAAUCUACUAAAGAAUGCUUAUGGGAGCAUUAUCCUGCAGGUUGUGGCUGAUACCAACAUCAGUGCCAUUGCGACCCAACUGGAGAGCAUGUCUGCGGGAUGCAACCUUAACUCUUCUGCUGAGCAUCCUUCUGAAGAUCCCGAGGAGCAGCUGCGGACGACGGCAGACUGAAGCGCGGCGAUCAGAUUUUAGCAGUUAAUGGGGAAGCUUUGGAAGGUGUUACCCAUGAGCAAGCUGUGGCCAUCCUGAAGCGCCA